AAGACGGAGAGGACCGAGCAGAGGAGAGCAGAAUAGAAAGGUUGGGUAUUAUUGUGAUCGUGUACCUUUAAGAACGUCCGGGCGGUUCUGCUGUGCAGGAAAUGAAACCGAAAGAGAGGAUAUCCGGCCCUUGCACUGAGGGACAUCUAGAAACCGCUUUGUGUGAAGGAACUCGAAGAGCUCUGUCGUUCCGCUACACGAUGUCUGGAGCACCAGAAACCUUUGAUGUGCAUCCUGACACAGAAGGCAUACUGUCAGUGAAACAGAAGCUGAAGGAGAAGGCAUGCAAGGACAACGUCCUCCUCUCCAACCUGGAUAUUUCCGAGCGCAUCUUUAGACACAACCCUCUCAACGAAGCCAUGACCCUGCAGGUCAAAAGUGAAUGGCAGUGUCUGAAAAUCGGCAAAGUCGGCGGCGUGAUUUACACCGUGUCGACCGACGACGGUCAAACUCGCAUCGAUUGCUGCGUCUACUGCGACGGCGACGCGGUCGUUGAUGCGGACGUCAAGAGCAUCUAUUUCAGCGUGCAUUCCUGCCAGAACCAGAGAAGAUCCUGUUUUACAGAAGCCAAAGACGUGGUGGGGUCCAAACAUCAGGCGUUAAAGAUCACGUGCAACAGGUUCUCCAUCACCUUCACCAUUAAAGGCGUACCUGACGAGAUCAAGACGAUCGAAACGAAGUGCCAGUUUAAGUUGCGUUAUAUAACGGCGGAGGGAUUGCUGGAAAGGAAGUGCUGGAUGCAGAAGGAGAAAACGAAUUGCCACGAGUUGAUCGCGUGUCUCGAUUUUCUGAUCGAGAAAUAUCUCAACACGUCCGAGUAUCCCGAAUCUAACUGCAGGUUCAUUUUACAGGGAAAUAAAGAAAUGGCAGAAAUCCUUUCAGAGAGUCCAUGCACUCAACAGUACAUUGUGAUAUGUGAGAAGUUUUCCAAAGUCUCCAUUUAUCCGCCCAAACUGAAGCUGUAGUCCCUGACACGUGUCCAACAAACUGCACAUUUAUGCAAAUUUCCCAAAUAUCAUCUGCAUCUUCAUCCACUGUUCCAUGUUUAUAUUUAUAUAUAUAUAUAUAAUCACAAUGUCUUUGUCUAGACCAUGCAACACCUAGUGUUUUCUUACAUCAUAAAUACACAGGUUUCAUGUCCUCUAAUCUCGUGUCUCUGAUGUAGAGCAAGUGCAGGUGUUUAUAUCUCUUUAUACAGUAUAUUAUACACCUCCAACCCUUCUUUAAAAUCUGAAUAAACCCUUUGAUUUUACCCAGCUGUGUUAUAUUUC